GAGUGAUUUCUUUCCCUUUAGUUUCUUUCCCUUUAGUUUCAGCGGCAUCAUUUCCUUGAUCAUAACGCCAUUUUUUCCUUGAUCAUAACGCCUAAAUGGCUCACACUUACGCGGCUGCCUUUGAUCCAAAGUAUCAUAUGAAUCAACCAGAUCAGAGAGAUGCGGUGUUUGAUCCAAAGUAUCAUAUGAAUCAACCAGAUCAGAGAAAUGCGGUGUUUGAUCCAAAGUACCAUAUGAAUCAACCAGAUCAGAGAGAUGCUAUCAACACUCUCUACAUUUCUGGUCUUCCCGAAGACGUCAAAGCCCGAGAGAUUCAUAAUCUCUUCCGUCGCCGUCCCGGAUUUCAGUCUUGUCAGCUCAAAUAUACCGGCCGUGGGACUCAGGUUGUUGCAUUUGCUACUUUUGUUAACAAUUCAUCAGCAAUAGCAGCUCUACAUUCACUAAAUGGUGUAAAAUUUGACCCCCAAAAUGGAUAUACCCUGAAUAUUGAAUUGGCAAAAUCAAACUCUAGAAGAAAAAUAAGUCCAGGAAACAAUGGAGCAUAUGUAAUUAUUGACAAGAGAAACAAAUUUGCAACUGAUAAUAAACAAGAGGCAUCAAGUGAUGAUGAGGAAGAACCAUCGCGGAAUAAUGAGCCUGAUUUUAAUGAUAAAGAUAAAUUGGCGGUUAGAAAAAGUGACGAAACAUCGACUAAUCAUGUUAAUGCUGUAGCAGCUGCUAAUGAACAUAAAGAAAAGGGAGAUGUUUCCACUACUUUAUUUAUUGCCAAUCUAGGUCCAACCUGCAAUGAGAAUGAAUUGAAAGAGGUUUUUUCUCAUUAUCCUGGAUUUAAUAUCAUCAAGUUUCGGUCUAGAGUUGGAAUGCCAGUUGCUUUUGCUGAUUUUAAGGAAUUUCGACAAGCAAGCUACGCCAUGGAAAGCCUACAAGGUCGCACAUUACCAUCAUCCGACAGGGGCGGAAUGCAUAUAGAGUUCGCUAGGUCUAAAAUGAGGAAGUAAUAUAAUAUAAGGAAACAACUAAUGUUUCCUUGCGGGGAUUUUUGCACUUCAUUGAAUUCCCAUUGCGGGGAUUUUUGCACCGUUAUGAACUUGUAUUGCCGCACUUUGUAUUAUAUAAUUUGACAUUUUAGACAAUUUGAAAUAUUAACUUUAAUGAAGGUUUACCAAUUAGGCCUGGUUGGAUAAAA